AUGCCAGCGAGGGAGCUCAGUGGCGUCAGGGAACCGGAGACGCCAGGCAUCUGUCAGGCGGCCGAAGCAGCGCUGAGUGGUGUGCGGGCCGCCACACUGCUCCCCAGUGCGGUCACCAGUACGGAAGAAGUACGUACAGGGACCAGCACCCCCAGGCCGCUGACGCCCAGCGUACCACUGGUGAAGCUGCUGGGGUGGCGGGGCCUCACGAGAGCGCUGCUGCUGCUGACGCUGGCCACCACCAGAGCCUCCUCGCUGCGCGGAGCCACCCCGACCAGCGCCACCGCCACCACCGCCACCGCCGCCACCGCCGCCACCGCCACCACCGCCACCACCGCCGCCGCCGCCACCGCCACCUCCACUCCCACCACCGCCGCCGCCGCUGCCUCCGCCUCCACCGCUGCCACCAGAGCCCCCGCUUCCGCCACCACUCCCACCUCCACCCCCACCCCCCCCGCCACCUCCACCGCCACCACCACCACCCCCGCCAGCUCCUCCAGCACCCUUGCCCCCCUUGCCCUUGCCGCUGCGGCGCCUCCCGCCAGGGGCAGACGCAGCACCGACCGACUCAGCGCCAAGGAGGUCGACAGCAGCAGCAGAGGCAACAGAGGGCAAAAGGGGAACGGGGGAGCACCCCUCAAAGAAAGGGGUACGAGGGUCACCCCGAGAGGCUCCUACAGCGAAUAUGCUCUGCUCAGCUGCAAGGAGCUCCUUCGCGAGGAGGUCAACGGUGAGAGUGGUAGGGCAGACAGCAAGGAAGUGGUCCCUGACCGAGCGAAGGGAGUCAGGGAGCCGGGUGACUAG